AGUUGAAGAGCCCGUAUGCAGACAACAUGGCGAUAGACUGCCGAUGCUCACAAAGUAGAAAGUAGCUCAAACGUAUUAGCUUUACGUUUAGAGUUAUGACCGGUAUCAUCUUGUCGAACAUAUUUAACGAAUGGAAUUAUGACUACUAAAGAUUAUAGCGGGAUGCUCGAGCCCCAUGCAGCUGCGUGUAAGCACCCGAGACGGGAGGGCGACGACAGGGAGGAACUGCAUGACAACGGGAAUGAUAGUGAAUCAACAUCAAGUUACAGUCAGUCCGACUACUCCGACGACCUAGAGCCAGAAUGGCUGGACGACGUCCAGAAGAACGGCGAGCUCUUCUACCUGGAGCUGAGCGAGGGCGAGGAGGAGGCGGCAUUAGCUCAGGCCGCCGCCAAUAAUGGCCUCCCCACCAAUCACGUGCACUUCAGUGAGAAGGAGGCGGAGAUCAUCAGCGAGGAGUGCAGGAAGCGUUCUGAUGGCACUCCAACCAAAGGAGAGCCCAAGCUGAAAAGACUUGCCAGGAUCCUACGGAGGAAGAGGCGGCCAUCCCAGCGGAGUGGGCCCGACGGAGGAGCCAAAGACUCAUCAUCGCUUCCGACGUCCAUCUUGAAAAACCAGGCGGGGCAGAGGGCGGGGCUGGUGGUCCAGCAGCAGCAUCUGAAAGAGGUGUGUGUCUACCUGAACCCCAAACGGCUGGGCAGCUGCUCACCUCCUCCCCCGGAGAGAGGGGGUCUACUGGAGGCUCUGCUGGGGGUGGUGCAUCGCCCGUCCUGGGGCCAGGGAGACCCUGCCGGGGGGAGAGGGGAGAGGAUCACCGUCCACGGCCUGGUGCCCAACAGCCCCGCCAUCAAGAGUACACAGAUACUGAUUGGUGACGACCUAGUGGCAGUGGACGAUGUGGAUGUUACCACAGAGAACAUUGAGAGGGUUCUCUCCUGCAUUCCUGGGCCUACACAGGUGAAACUGACCCUGGUGACAACCAGUGCAGGAGGACCAGGGCAGGGGGGUGUGGACGUGUCCUCUGCCCCCAGGCUCAGGCCCUCUCCCCCGGUCAGCCAGCUGGUGCGUCUGCUGUGGGGCGAGGACACGGCGGAGCUCCAGAUGUCUAUAGGACACAUCCCUCACAUCGUCAUGUACCUGUCACUCAAACUGGACUCCGACUCCCCCCUGGAAGAGCAAGAGAUCCUGUACCAGUACCCUGUUUCUGAGGCGUCCAGCCAGCUGAAGGGAGUCCGAGGGAUCUUCCUCACUUUGUGUGACAUGCUGGAGAAUGUCACCGGGGGACAGAUAGUCAGCUCGUCUCUCCUGCUCCGUAAACAGCUGGUCCAUGUGGGCUACUGGAAGGAGAGCAACAACCUGCUGGUGAUCGGCCUGCCUGCUGAGAGGGUUCCUCUGCUCUCUCUGCAGACGGUAGUGGGAGGUGUGGUCAGGACUCUCAACGUGAUGUAUGGAUCUCUGGGCAGUGCAUUUUGCCAGGUGGACCAUGCCCCCAGACUGGACCAUUUCUUCUGCCUGUUCUUCCAGCAGCUGAUCCACCCCUCCAGGUUGAGUGGCAGCUCCGUGCCCACGCCCCCUGAUGUCUCGGAGACUCUCUUCCUGGACGGACUGCCGGCGGUCCGAUGGCUCACCCUGCCUCCUGAGAUAAAGAUGGAGGUUGACACUGUUCUCUCAGACUUUGAAUCGUCAGAUUUUGGAGAAAUGUCAGAAGACUUCUAUGGCAUGAGGCGUCUCUACGUGACGCUGGGCUCCUGUCUGUUCUACAAGGGCUACCUGAUAGCCAACCACCUCCCCAAGGAAGACCUGCUGGAUGUUUGUCUGUACUGCCAGCACUACUGUCUCCUCCCCCUGGCAGCAGAGCAGCGCGUGGGCCAGCUGGUCAUCUGGAGAGAGGUGUUCCCACAACAUCGCACCCAGAACCCCCAGACACAGACCAAUAACAACCACUGUACCAGGCCCGGCUACUGCCAGCCACAGGGACGCUACUUCCUGCUCAUAGUGGGACUGAGGCAUUUCAUGCAGUGCGUCCUCCUGGAGGCAGGGGGCUGUGCGUCCCCUGCCCUGGGGGCCCCGGGACCUGACUGUGUGUACGUGGACCAGGUCAAGGCCACCCUCCUGCAGCUGGAGGGGCUGGACGUAGGGAUGGAGGAACGCCUGGCCGCCCCGCCCGCACCCUGCCUCUCUUGUGCUGACUGGUUCCUCCCCUCCUCUGCCCGGGACAGGUUGGACACCAUGGCUGCAUCGUCCCCUGUCCUCAGUAAGCUGGCUGGGGCUGUGAAGCCACCGUCCUCCACCCAGGGAGGGGGGAAGGGAGUGGGCAGGAGCCUCUUCGGAGGGGGUGCCCGGAGACCUAGCCCCCAGAGGAGUCAGUCGGACAGUGGGAGCGAGGGACAGCCGGAGGGGGGUGUAGGAGGGCAGACAGGGCUCAGUCCACACUCCACCCCGGACUCAGCCCGGAAGCUGGACGGGCGGAGAGACUCGCUGGGUUCGGGUGGAUCUGAUGGGAGUGGAGCCAGUGGAAGUAUUUUCAAGAUUCCCAAGAUGAAGCACCCUAACCCAUUCUACCUGGGCACCCUGAAGAAGAGUCUGACAGAGAGAGAAACAGAGGAGAUGUACCACACCAUUAAGUUGACAUCUGGGGCAGAGAACACUCUGUUCCACUAUGUGCUGAUGGAGACAGUACAGGGCAUCUUCAUAGCUCCUACACACAGGGAGCUGGCCCAGCUCAGCGGCUCCAUCCACCCUCAGCUCAUACGUAACUUCCACCACUGCUGCCUCUCCAUACGGGCCACGUUCCAGCAGAGUCUACCGUCCAGGCAGGGUAGGCGGGGUACAGACAGACCCCAGAGGACCCAUGGGCUGGGCCCAGUGAAGGAACACGGGGUUCUGUUCCAGUGUAAACCUGAGAACUGGACCGACCAGAGGAAGCCUGCUCCCACCAUGACCUACUGGGUGAUAGGGUGGCCCUCGGGGGGAGAGGUCUGUCUGAGUGGUAAAGAAGGGAAGUAAAACUGUCUGGGUGGUAGAGUAAAGAAGGGAAGUAAAACUGUCUGGGUGGUAGAGUAAAGAAGGGAAGUAAAACUGUCUGGGUGGUAGAGUAAAGAAGGGAAGUAAAACUGUCUGGGUGGUAGAGUAAAGAAGGGAAGUAAAACUGUCUGGGUGGUAGAGUAAAGAAGGGAAGUAAAACUGUCUGGGUGGUAGAGUAAAGAAGGGAAGUAAAACUGUCUGGGUGGUAGAGUAAAGAAGGGAAGUAAAACUGUCUGGGUGGUAGAGUAAAGAAGGGAAGUAAAACUGUCUGGGUGGUAGAGUAAAGAAGGGAAGUAAAACUGUCUGGGUGGUAGAGUAAAGAAGGGAAGUAAAACUGUCUGGGUGGUAGAGUAAAGAAGGGAAGUAAAACUGUCUGGGUGGUAGAGUAAAGAAGGGAAGUAAAACUGUCUGGGUGGUAGAGUAAAGAAGGGAAGUAAAACUGUCUGGGUGGUAGAGUAAAGAAGGGAAGUAAAACUGUCUGGGUGGUAGAGUAAAGAAGGGAAGUAAAACUGUCUGGGUGGUAGAGUAAAGAAGGGAAGUAAAAACACUGGAGUUAACUUUGAGUGAGAGGCUUGGAGUAGCAGACCACCAUGAAACAGCUGGGUUUCAGUGGCAGUUAGACGCAUACUGGGCAGAGAGCUCUUAAUUUAUCAAGGUGGUCCUGUAUUGCCUACUCUCCUGACCUCUAGGGCUUUUUGUUCAAUUUUUUUAAUCACUUCGCAAUUAUGUCCUGCCUACCCAUGCUCCUCUGCCUUGGGUGCGGCCCAAUAAUAUCUCCUUUCUCCUGAAAUGUGCACUCGUUCACUAUUCCCCACAAAAUGAAAAUAAUUGGAUUGGUGGAGGCAUGGGCUAGAGAGCGUUUCCAUAUACCAGUCAAUUCCUUUAAAAUCCAUGAAGGGAAGUGAACAAAUGCACACUUCAGGAGAAUGUAGAUAUUAUUAGGAUGCCCCAGAAACCCACUCUUGCCAUUUUCCUCCUCUUUCUCACUUUGAAGCUCUGUUGUCUCUCUGUGUUCCAGCCGGAUGCUUCUAGAACCCGUCCCUCAGGAAUUCUAUGUGUGUUUUCAUGACUCCGUGGCAGAGGUUCCCGUGGAGAUGGCCUUCCGCCUAUCUUUCGGCCUGGCCUUGUGACGAGCCGUCUGCCUACAGUCUCUUAAUGAACUCUGAUAACACUACUACCUACAGACAGCGGUGCACAACCCUGGGUUCUUUUCAUUAGGCAUCAAAUGGGAGAAAACUGAUAGAAACCGGGAGGGGCUACCUGAACUCCAAUGAGAACCGCUUGUUUGUUUCCCCGUCACAAAAUAUUUUACAACAGUACACCCUAAUGAACACGACCCUGGUCUUCAACGUUUCAUAGUCGACCUCAACGCCUGCUUACUGUCUGUCUGAGAUAUUGCGGGAACUAAGACUUGUCUUGUUCCAGACAGACAUUGAUCACCUGACAGCAGAUAAAAGGAAAGACCAAGGUUGUUCUCUGUUAGACUUGGACCAGCUCCAGUGGAACAGCAGGGGACAACGCUGUGGAACAUUCAGAUAGAAAUAUAUUAAAUAGAAAAAAACAUGCCUGAUAUGUAGAAUAUUAUUGUAAGGAAUCACAUCAGCUCUAUUCAUUGCAUUUCUAUCUGUAACGUCUCUCUACACUUGCCUACUGAACGAUGCCCUGGGUUUACUGGAUGCAACAAUUUUGUGUCCGAAAUGGCACCCUACUCUGUAUUGAGUGCACAGCUUUUGAAUCUGGUCAAAAGUAGUGCACUAUGUAGGGAAUAGUGUGCCAUGUAGGACAAGCCACUAAACUCAAUAAUACCUCAGAAAACAGGCUGCAGGGAAAGCAUUUUGCUGCUGUUCUGACUGUAGAAAUAUAAUCUCAUUCUAGUUCAGUGGUUCUGACAUUGCUGUUCACUUAUAGGUGCUACACAUAGGAUUUUUACUUUUUAAUUUCUGAAAAUGUCCAUAAUAUAUCUGCAGUAAUAGUGGAAUGACAGUGUUUCACAGUGCUACUUACCCACCAGUGUUAUGAUUGGCUGUGAUAUUUGCCUAUUGAUUUUGGCCCGCCAGAGCAGCAUCUGACUUUGGCUUUGUUAUCUAGUGGAAAUCGCUCUGUCAUUUCCUGGUUGUAAAAAUUCUACACUGUUCGCGUGAAAACAAGCACUGGAUAGUGUAGGGAAUCAUUGUACAAUCUAAAUUGCUGUGAAAUAUUUUGCAAUUCACCUAGCAUAAGGCUGCAUUCAAAACAAAACUCCCCCUCAUCCCAUUUCCCUGUAACAUGGCAGAGAAUUGCACUUGAGCCUUUACUUUGGGUUUUGGUCCACCAGCUCAAACAUCUGACUGCUGAAAUUGCAGUGCAAAAAUCCUAUGUGUAGCACCUUUUAAGUGUGCCUGACCAAAUAAUGUGACUGUUCUUGCUUGCUAGCCUCUCCACAUUGGCAUGGCAACCGCCUUAAGUGGAGUUAAAUUCCUAUAUGUUGUUGAGUGUGGGGGGGUAUUGUAUUUAAGAUGUACAGUAUUUUGCAUAGAAGUCAAAUCAUUUGUGAUACAAAUGCACCUUUGAGUCUGUUGAUUAAAAUAAAAACCUGUUUUGGUUUCCUGGGGUAA